AUGGAUGCGCGCGUGGAAUUCGACAUCAAUGAGGCGGUCAAGCUGUUCGACAGCGACCCUUCGACGAUCCCCACGCCCGAGGCCCCGCAAGCGCUACAAGACUGCGAAGAUGAGCCAGAAGCGCUGUCGUCGCCCGGAUUGAUCAACAGCGAGCUGAAUCCUGUGGUUGAUGCCGUGGCAGAGAGCCCAGAUGCGAUUACUCGCAGCUCUGUCUUUGAUACUCUGCAGUUUCUGCUGAAGCACUCAUCGCAGAUUCCUCCCGCAAUUCUCAGCAAGAUACUCGACCUCAUAUCCUCUGCACUGUCUACGCAAGCCGACAUAAUCCACGCAGACCUCGAGGCCGAAGAGCAGGAUGCGAUACCUCACCAUAAGAAUUUACUCGAGAUGUAUGGGUUUCUUCUCCGUUGGACCAUCUCCGCAGUUGAAACAAGAGCGUUGGAGAAAUCCGCCUCUGCCCCAGCAGCGCGGGGGCGGGGUAAGACUACAAAGACGAAAACUGGCGGAGGCAAAGAGAGCGCCUGGGAUGCUUCUGCCCAAUUAGAGACGGCAUUAGACCGGAUGAGCAAGGUACUCAGACUCAAGCUGGGCCGUAUAUUCGUCACCACCUCAGAGCGAGACACGUUCAUCGGCCUGUUCACAAAGCCGGUAUACCACAUCCUCGAGAACGAGACAAGAGUCAAGAACAAUGCCAUACGGAAUCAUUGUUUCAGAGUUUUGUGCUUUGCCGUCAAAUCGCAUGGACACGCGUACACCGCGCAAACGUCCAUCAACCAGAGCCUGACAUAUUUUGAGCAUCUGUCAGAGCCCAUGGCAGAGUUUCUGUUUACACUUGCAGAUGCGUUUGAUUAUCCACAACUCACUGAAGACGUCUUGAAAGAUAUUAGCAGCAAGGAGUUCAGUUCCACCGAUCUCAAAGGCCCAAAGUCUAUCUCGACUUUCCUUACCAAGAUUUCUGAACUCACACCACAUCUCGUCAUCCGACAAAUGACACUGCUCGCAAACCUGCUAGAUAGCGAGUCGUAUACCUUGCGUUGCGCCCUUAUCGAAGUCUGCGGAAACCUCAUAACUAUGCUUAGCAAGCUGAGUCAAGACGACCGCAGCGAAAACCACAAGGCACAGAUCCGAAUUUUCUUCGAUGUGCUUGAAGACCGUUUCCUCGACAUCAAUCCCUAUUGUCGUGCUAGGGUAAUGCAGGUUUACGUUAAACUCUGUGAUCUGGAGCAGAAAUACCCCAAGCGAAGACAAAAGGUCGCCGAACUUGCCGCUCGCAGUCUUGAAGACAAAAGUAGCAACGUUCGCCGAAAUGCGAUUAAGCUGCUUGCCAAACUCAUCUCAACCCAUCCCUUCACGGCAUUUGAUGGAGGGUUGCUGUCGACAAAGGACUGGACUAAGCGAUUGGAGGAAUGUGAAGCCCAGAUCAAUGCUCUACAGCCUCCAGAAGAGUUGAGGGAACGCCCACCGAAUGAUCAGACGGUCGAUGAGACACUACUGCAGGAUGCAACACAGGCUGAUGCUGGGGAUGAGGAAGGGCCGAAGCACCCAUCUGAGAUGAGUGAAGAGGAGAAGGCUGCCGCCAUCGAAAAAGCUCAGAAAGAUGCAGCCACCGCGCAAGAGUUGGAAAAAUUCCAAGCAGUACGCAAGUUCCUGCUCGAAGCACUCAAGUUCAUUGAAGUCAUCAACGAUGCUGCUGAGAUCAUAACUCAGCUACUAUCAUCCAAGAACAAGAGCGAAGUCAUUGAAGCCAUGGACUUCUUCACCACCAUCGAUGCGUACAAGAUUGCCAAUGCAAAACUUGGUAUCCGGAGGAUGUUACGACUCAUCUGGACCAAAGGCAACAGUGACGAAGGCAAGGGUGUGCAGACGCAUCUACUUGAAUGCUACAAGGGCUUGUUCUUUGAUGCACCGCCCGGAUUCGAUGAUAAUGCAGUUGCAAACUACAUUUCAAAGAACAUGAUCAGUCUGACUUUCGGCACAACGCCGGCAGAACUGACGUCCCUCGAGCAGCUUCUCAGCACGAUGAUGAAGCAGGGCCUGGUCAACGGAUUGGUCAUUCAGAAGCUUUGGCAGAUCUAUGGCUACCAGAAGAAAGACAUAUCCAAGAACCAGCGCCGAGGAGCUAUCAUCGUUCUGGGCAUGCUGGCGCUUUCCACACCCGACAUCGUGGUGCAGGAAAUGGAGACUUGCCUCAGGAUUGGUCUAGGAGAGCUUGGCAGGCGAGACCUGGGACUGGCCCGGUACACUUGCAUAGCUCUUCGCCGCAUGAGCCAGCCGCCAGGAAAGCAGGCCACCAGUGACGCUCCAGCUCAAACUGUAAAACUGCCAAACGAUCACGCAGUGUUGGUGAGGCUGGCUGCAAUCACAGAAAUGACAUCGGAAAGUAAAGAGUGGUAUGGAGUAGCAGAGCAGGCUAUCAGUGCCAUAUAUGUCCUAUCCAAGCACCCCGACGUCUUAUGCUCAGAAAUUAUCCGCAAGAUCACUAAGCGUGUCUUUGCUGGACAACAUAAAUCCGAGUCACGCCCUACAUCAAGUUCGAGCGCUGCUGAGCCGAAAGGGGAGGAUGAGGAAAUGCCAGAUGCACCUCCGAUCGAGGAGCCACAACCAAAGAAGCAAAACUCUGCCCUCGCUCUCUCGCAGCUGCUUUUUGUCGUAGGCCAUGUUGCAAUCAAGCAAAUUGUGCACCUUGAGCUUUGCGAGCUCGAAUUCAAGCGCCGGAAAGCUGAAAAGGACAAGAAGAACGCAUCUGCUCCUCGAAAGUCGAUGGCAUCAUCGGGCGAUCCAGCCCCCUUGAAGAAGGGCCGUAAACGAGGUGCUACUAAGGAGCCUACACCAGCACCUGAAGAAGCCGAUGAGCUUGAUCUCAUGGCUGGUACUACUGAGGAUGACUUUACGGAAGCUAUUGCGCAUGUCCGUGAACGCGAGCUUCUAUACGGCCCGCAGUCUCUUUUGGCAAAUUUUGGUCCGUUAGUGGCAGACAUUUGCGCCAACAACACAUCGUACAAUCAUCCGACUUUGCAAGCUCAGGCGGCACUCUGCUUAGCGAAACUCAUGUGUGUAAGCUCAGAGUACUGCGAGACCAACCUUGGCUUGCUGCUCACCAUCCUCGAAAGGAGUCAAGAUGCAGUCGUCCGCAGCAAUCUUGUUGUAGCACUUGGUGACAUGGCAGUGUGCUUCAACCACCUCAUUGACGAAAACACUGACUUCCUCUACCGCCGCUUGAACGAUGGCGACCCUAGCGUCAAGCGCACUUGUCUAAUGACGCUUACUUUCUUGAUCUUGGCAGGUCAGGUCAAGGUCAAGGGUCAACUAGGCGAAAUGGCCAAGUGUCUCGAAGACAGUGACAAGAAGAUUGCCGACAUGGCACGCAUGUUCUUCACUGAGUUGUCGACCAAGGACAAUGCUGUCUACAAUCAAUUCAUUGAUAUGUUCAGUGUGCUUAGUGCAGAUACGGGCCUUAGCGAAGAGGCAUUGAAGAGAAUCAUUAAGUUCUUGGCUGGAUUUAUUGAGAAGGACAAACAUGCCAAGCAACUGUCUGCCAAACUUGCUUCGAGGCUUCCAAGGGCCGAGAACGAGAGACAGUGGAAUGACAUCGCAUACGCGCUGGCUCAGCUACAGCACAAGGACGAAGAGAUUCAGAAACUGGUGUCGGAGGGCUUUAAGGUUGUACAGACGGCUGCGUAG